AUUCUCCUUAUAUAUGAUGCAACAAAGCUUACAGCAUUCUUCAUCAAUCACUACUUUCAUUCAUUCAGAGAGUUCUACACUACAACACAACUUACAAAUCUGUGUUUUUUUUUCCGGCUCUCUAAGAUGAUCAACACUAAGAAACUACUCAAGAUGGCCAAGAAAUGGCACCAGAGAGCAUCCCUCCACAGGAAAAGAAUCUCAUUUCAGAGAUCAACUACUAGUACUACUACUAGCAGCUCAACAACUGCUGUGGAUAAGGGCUGUUUCGUGGUUUACACGGUUGAUAGAAUCCGCUUUGCUUUUCCGAUAAGUUACCUGAACAACUCUGUUUUCCAAGAGCUCUUGAAAAUCUCUGGGGAAGAGUUCGGCCUCACGGCAGGUGGACCGAUCACGUUACCAUUUGAUUCGGUUUUCUUGGAGUAUCUCAUUAAUUUGAUCCAGCGAAGAAUAGAUGGAGAUACAGAGAAGGCUCUGUUAAUGUCAAUCUCUAGUGCUAGAUGCUCUUUGCAACUACAAGAACAACACUGUAGUCUUACUCAACAGUUGCUUGUAUUUUAGAGAAUUAUUGUGUAGACAAUUUUUUCUUUGUACAAAAUUCUACUCUAUUAUAUAGUCAGAUCAUUUGAAAAAUACAAACAACUAUU